UUAAUUAUAGAAUUGUAUUAAUAUCUUGAUAUUGAAUAGAUUAAAAAAGCAACAAGAGCUAUUGAGAAGCUCAUUAGAUAAAAGAGUUCUGUGCUCUUGAAUGGAGUAUAGUUGAAAAAAAUUGUUAAAAUGGUGUGGCUAACCCAAAAAAAAGAUGUUCCCAUAAUGUAGAAAAUCGAAAUUAUUUAAUCUCUGUAUGGGUAAUUUAAGAAAAUAUCAAGAAUCAUAGAAAUACCCAUACACUAAGCUAUUAUAUAUUUAAAGUAGGAAGGCAACACCUCUCCUAAGUAGUAAAUCAUUUGCAAUAAGAAAAAGGAAAAGAUAAUUGGGAUUAGAAGAUAAGCAAAUCUCCUCUUUAAAAGGUUACUCUCGCAAAACUCAUAGUUUCUAAAGAAAAAACUUAUCAAUAUAUUAGUAGUUACUGAUAAAACUACUGCAAGACCUCCUAAAAUAUUCCAUAUUUAUGGUUUAUCACUGCAGUUUCCUUAAUUUCUAUAUGCUUGA